UUAAAAAUGGGACGUUAUAAAUUAGAAGAAGCAAGAACAGCUUUGUCUACAUCGAGUAGCCGCUCUACAAUUGUUCAAGCUUUCUUGAAGGAAAAAGCAAAAGGACGAUUUACUGGUGUUUAUGGAAGACUUGGAGAUUUGGGAGCCAUUGAUGAAAAGUAUGAUAUAGCCAUAUCAACAGCCUGUGGAUCUUUAGACAAUAUUGUGACAGAUACCAUCGCAACUGCUCGAGAAUGUGUUGAGCAUUUAAGAAAACAUAAUUUAGGUUACACAACCUUUAUAGCUUUAGAUAAGGUAAGAGAAAACUUUUUUUUUUGCCUGAACUUUUUGCUCCCUAAAAAGACUAAUAAAUUUUUCUUAUUAAGUAAUCCUUCCACUUUU